ACAAUCGGUGAAUUACACAAGUAUUGUUUACAACAAAAUGGCGGAUAAGCAGUGGACAUGUUAAAACGCAAGUCGAACAAGAAGUUGGUCCUGCUAAAAUGUGUUUUAAACGAUUAUUUUUGAUUGAUAUUUUAAUGAUCAUUAUUACAUUCGUAUUUUGUGAAUACUUUAUAUAUCAAAUCGCUAUGAAUAAAUGUUCCUGGUCGGACAAAAACAACCAAAGCAACUCACAUGCAACGAAAAAACUUAAAACGUUUUUUAUUGCAGACCCACAUUUGCUGGGUCCAUUUCGUGGCCAUUGGUUUGAUAAGCUGCGACGGGAAUGGCAAAUGCAAAGAGCUUUCCAAGCUAGCAAUAAUCUGUUAAAUCCCGAUAUAGUGUUUAUUCUCGGAGAUUUGUUCGACGAGGGCGAAAUAGUAGAUGACAAGGAAUGGGGUUAUUACAUGCACAGAUUCCGUGAAAGAAUAUUUUAUAUGGCAAAAAAUGAAAAGUUAAAGAUAGUUGUUGGUAACCACGACAUUGGAUUUCAUGGCACGAUUUUGAGAGACAUGGACAAGUGGAUGCGCUUUAAGGAGACGUUUGGGAUCGAAUCAUCAGUCAACUUGAUCAAAAUUCACAACAUUACAUUUGUGACUAUAAAUUCCAUGUCGAUGAAGCAAGAUGAGGGCUGUACAUUUUGUGAGCGUGCAAAACAUGAAAUACAAAUGUUAAACGAGCGAUUAACUUUAAACAAAGAGAAAUCAAAUUGCCGUAAAGAAAAAGAUGUGAUACGAUGUAAAACAAAUGGAAACGCCGUUCUCUUGCAGCAUUUUCCCCUGUACAGAAAGAACGAAGCCAUGUGCAUAGGAGAAGAUGGCCCGUCAAAACACUUGCAAAACAUUGAGAACAAAGAGAGUUGGGAUGUUCUUUCAGAGGAAUCAACAGACUUUAUUUUGCAAAUGAUAAAUCCAGCCUUUGUCUUGAGUGGUCAUGCGCACCACGGAUGUUUCGUGAAUCGUAAAGGAACUUGGGAAUUAAGCGUACCUUCGUUUUCAUGGAGAAAUAUAAACAACCCAAGCAUAGUUCUAGGCGUAUUUGACGACGAGGAAAUAAUUCUUCAAAAGUGCUACCUACCUAAAGAAUCGACCGUCAUAAACAUUUACAUAGCAACUGCUAUAUAUUUUAUAAUAUUUAACUUCAUACAAUUAAAAAAAUAUUUCCAUAAAACUAACAAGAAAAUCCUGUAGCGUUUAACAAUGAUGACAUAUGGCAUUGAUAAAAUAGUUCUUUUUCAAUUUUCAUGGGAAAAUUUUGUUACUUUGUUACAACAGUCGAUUUUCAUGAAACUUAUAAACUAUAAUUAUUUCCCUCGCCGCAUAUGUUGCAGAAGAUAUACCAGUACGUGGAGACAUAAUUAGCAGAAUCCUCAAAAAUAUUAUGUUUACAGUGAAAACAAGAAUUUUUUUUUUGACAUGGACCGUCACUCAAAUAAUAAUUUCUUUUACUGUCUGUAAUUUGGUAUAAAGAAAAAGGAGAUUGAUAAAGUUUUCAUAUGUAAACAAAAUAGAGGAGAUAAAACUCAUUAACGCAGUAUUUAUUAUGUUUGACUUUUAUAUCGCAAGGACGAGGAACGUAUUACGUAACUUUUUUUGUAGAAAUAAUUUUUAUACACAAAGAAAUGAAUAAUAAUUUACAA